AUGGCCAGCGUCAAGGAGCAGCUGAUCGAGAAUCUUCUCAAAGAGGAGCACACCCCUCAAAAUAAGAUCACGGUGGUUGGAGUCGGUGCCGUGGGCAUGGCCUGUGCCAUCAGCAUCUUGAUGAAGGAUUUGGCUGAUGAGCUUGCCCUUGUUGAUGUCAUUGAGGAUAAACUGAAGGGGGAAAUGAUGGAUCUUCAGCACGGCAGCCUUUUCCUCAGGACGCCAAAGAUCGUCUCUAGCAAAGACUACAGCGUGACUGCCAACUCCAAGCUGGUCAUCAUCACCGCCGGGGCCCGGCAGCAGGAGGGAGAGAGCCGUCUGAAUCUAGUCCAGCGCAACGUCAACAUCUUUAAAUUCAUCAUUCCCAACGUUGUCAAGUACAGCCCCAACUGCAAGCUGCUUGUGGUGUCCAAUCCAGUGGAUAUUUUGACCUACGUGGCCUGGAAGAUCAGCGGUUUCCCCAAGAACCGAGUUAUCGGAAGCGGCUGCAACCUGGAUUCUGCCCGCUUUCGCUAUCUGAUGGGAGAGAGGCUGGGCAUCCACUCCACGAGCUGUCACGGCUGGGUCAUCGGAGAACACGGAGACUCUAGCGUUCCCGUGUGGAGUGGGGUGAACGUUGCCGGCGUCUCUCUGAAGAACCUGCACCCCGAUUUGGGAACUGAUGCAGACAAGGAGCAGUGGAAGGAUGUUCACAAGCAGGUGGUUGACAGUGCGUAUGAGGUGAUCAAACUGAAGGGCUACACCUCCUGGGCCAUCGGGCUGUCGGUGGCCGAUCUGGCAGAAAGCAUUGUGAAGAAUCUUCGGCGGGUGCACCCCAUUUCCACCAUGAUUAAGGGCCUGUACGGGAUCCAAGACGAAGUCUUCCUCAGCGUCCCGUGCGUCUUGGGCCAGAACGGCAUCUCGGACGUGGUGAAGAUAACGCUGAAGUCCGAGGAGGAGGCUCAUCUGAAGAAAAGCGCGGACACCCUGUGGGGAAUUCAGAAGGAACUGCAGUUUUAAGGCUUUUAACGUCCUGGCACUCUACUGGGGUCAAGAACAGUACGGUAGUUAGGGGAUUGGGUAGGUCGCCCUUUUGAAGUAGGUCAAAUCCCUUAUCCGAUCUCUGAUUAAGCGCGAAGGUGGAAAGGUUUAAGCCCGAUGAACAAACUCCUAGAGCCGGAGGUGGGAAACCGUGGCGUGCCUCCCUGUCGGAUUGUACCCCGACGCCGGGCGAUGCUUGUCUUGUACGGUCGUAUUGCUGUCGGCGCGUUGUAGUUCCAGCACGCGCUGAGGUAGAUGCUUCCCCCCUCUUGUAUGCCUCAGUCGCCCUUCCGGGACGGAAGGCCGGGGUGUUUUCGUCCCGUUGUCUUCGCCCUUCGGGCUGGAAGGCCAGGCUGUUUUUGUCCCGUUGUCUUCUGCAGCUUACCCCUAACAGUGUAAGUGUGAAGAUUCACCAUAAACAGACCCUUCCCCGCAUCCGAUGGCUCACAUCCCACCUCCACCGUAAUCCACUCAGUGCCGCUCCGUGUCUCUGUUCAUAAACUUCCCAGAGGACCUUAUUUUGUGUACUAUGUACUAGGCUAUUUGUCAAUUUCCCUAAAAUAGAAGAGAAGUCAAGAUCUACCUUUGCAACCAACUCUAUAGCGACUCGCGUCCCCAAUAAAUCAUGAACUGCUG